GAAUAGGAUGUGAAACCGCCGCUAGCCCGGUGUACGGCUAGUUUUAGUUCAGAUGUUCGCGUAAACAAAAAAAUAUAACUAUAAUAUCAGCCAAAUGAAAAGUUUUGGAUAUGGCGGAACAUCCGGCAAGUGACCAUUUGGCCAGUAAAGCGGCUGACUUCCAGGCGACGGCAGAGGCAUACUACAGUAUUGCCGUGGAGAAAGUGAAGGAUGUUGUAUCCUCCCUGCCUGACGACAUUAGACCUGGGCCAGACCUGUAUGGGGUGCCAUGGGAGCCAGUCAUUGUCUCUGGUCUGGUGGGACUUGUAACCCUGCUGGUAUUCAGCUGUAGAUGUUAUAGCUCUGUCAAAAGCAGGAUGUAUAGAAGUAAAGAAAGGUGGAUGGCAGAGCAGGUUGCACAGCUACUGGAUGAGAAGUGUAAAGUGCUUGAGACUCUCAGUAAAUGUCAACAAGAGCAUGAUGAGCUAGAGAACUCACUUAGGGACAGUGGUGUGUUGGCUCAGACUCAAAAGACAGUGCAACUUGAGGCCAAAGCCAAACAAUUACACCAUGCUAAAAAGGAGCUACAGAAAAAUCUUGAAGAGCUGAAGGAUCAGUUGGAACAUCAGAGAGAACAUAGGAUAGAGCAAGAACAGAGAAUAGCAGCGCUUGAGGAGAGCAUGAAAACAUGUGAAGAGGAAACCAAAGAUCUCCAGUCACAAGAGGAACAGGCACAAACGACAAUUAAAGUCUACAGUAUGAACAGUGACAGACUUCAGAGAAACCUGGAAACAUCAGGAGAGGAGAACACAUUGCUGAAGGAGAGCAAUGAUCAGUUGCGGCAGCAAGUGGAGGGAUGGGCAGAGCGAGUGAAUGAGUUAGAGGAAGAGAUGAGAAGGUGUGAAAUUUCCCACAGCGGGAUGCUUCAGGAUGUGUCCACCAAGGAUGAGCGUAUAAUGUCCCUGACGGAUCGACUGCUGAGGAUGAAAGCCUGGGAUUCAGACUUGGAGGAGGAAUGUGAGCAAGGAGGAGAGAAGGAGACAUCCAAUGGAACAGCAGGAAGGGGUAAUCAGAAUGCAAAAGGACAUGAACCUGAUGCACAAGUCCAUCUGCAGAAAGUCCAGAAACUUAUCUAUGCUGCUAAGCUGAAUGCAGACCUCAAAUCAGUUGAUGAAGACAAAGACAGAGUGUUUGCUAAACUGAACGAUGAAGUUAAAGCUAUAGAAGACCUCCAAGUAAGCAUUAAAGACUUGGAGAAGGAGAAAAUAUCUCUACAGUCAGACUCUGAGCACUACUCAGAACAGGUCCAACGAUUACAACAGAAACUCCAGAUUAUGACAGAAAUGUACCAGGAGAAUGAACUGAAGUUGCACAGGUUGUUGACAGUGGAAGAAAAGGAACGCUUGCAGAAAGAAGAGAAGUUGAAUAAAGCUGACAGGAAUAUUGCAAUGGCCAUGGAGGAACUCAACAAUUACAAACAACGAGCAGAGGAGAUGGAGGAAGAGCUGGAGAAAACGAAACAGUCCUACCAGACUCAAAUAUCAGCACAUGAAAAGAAGGCUCACAAUAACUGGCUGGCAGCCAGAGCCGCAGAGAGAGAGCUAACAGACAUCAGAAGAGAGAAUGCCCUCUUCAGGCAAAAGCUGACAGACACACAGUUUAAAUUAGAUGCCCUUGAGAAGGACCCCUAUGCUUUGGAUAGUCUGGCCAGACCGUUGCCUUUCCGAGCUGAAAGGUCACCGUAUGGUCCUUCUCCUCUGGGUCGACCCGCGUCUGAGACCAGAGCCUUCCUCUCUCCUCCUACAUUAAUGGAUGGACCACCUCCUAGAUUGUCUCCAAGAGUGACUCGUGGUCCAGUGGAGCCUCCAGGUGGCCAAGGGGAGAUGGAGCGGAGUGGAGGUCCUCAUUCAGACAGUGGCUCAAUCUCUCCUACAUGGGAGAGAGAUCGAAGGGGACCCCCGCCAGGACCCCUCCCAGGACCUCCUGGGCCCCUAGGCCCUCCAGGCUAUAUUUUCCCAGAAUCAGGAGGACCCAUGUACAGAAGAGCUCCCCCAUUGGGUCAUGUCCCUCCUCCUCCUCCCGGCUCUGUCCCACUUGGACCCAGAGGUGUCCCUCCUGUCAGACCCCCAGGACCACCUGCAGACAUGGGAGAUGGGCCAUACAGAGAAAACAGCUUCGGACCUGGUGAACAGGACCAUAGAGAGCAGACUGGUCCUGGUGCUCCCCCUGAGGGAGAUCCAAAGAUGGGGGGCAUGCCUCCUCCUGGACCCCCAAUGGGUCCUGUGGAUGGUUCCUUUCCUCGAAGGGCACCCUAUGGACCUCCACCUCCUGAUUUCUACCCUCCCAGGGGACCAGGGGGACCUCCCAUGCCUAUGUGGGGUCCUCCUCCUCCAGGGAUGAUGUUCCCCCCUCGUUUCCCUCCAGGUGGACCUCCUCCUCCUCAUAUGGCCCCAUAUGGUAUGCCUAUGCGGCCUCCUCCACCUGAUGGCUUCCCUCCUCCUUCUAUGGGUCCUCCCCCUCCUCAGCAGCAGCGCCCCUCCCCACCACACAGUCAGUCACCAGAGGAGCACACGCCUUCACCACAAGACAUCAUUUGAUUCCAGUUUUCCAACAGUUUGGAGAUGACAUGCCAAGAUACCAGUUUGACUCAGUGAUAAAUGGAUGGCAAGCAGUUCGCUGUGUUUGAAUGAGAAAUGGGUGUCGUUAGAGGGGAAACUAUCAGUCGUCAUUAGCCUGUGUUGUUGCCGUCUGUCUCCUCUAUUGACAUCUGUGUUUCCCUUUGUUGUCAGGCUUGUCAUUUACCUUCUUUUCUAUGUGCAAUUCUCUCCCUCAUGCUGUAUUGUGCAAUUUCACAGACAGAAUCAUGGCAGUGUGAUCUGUAUGUGUGAGGAAGAGAAUAUGGCUGUGGAAACAGGAAACAGUUACUUGAUAAUGCAAGAAGGAACUUAAAAUUGAACUGAGGUGUAGAGAAAAGACAUUGGUGUGUUUAUACAAACCACCACCAGUCAACAUUUCUCUUUGAAGGCCCGUAUUCCAACAUCUUUCCUCACAAGCUAAAAAGCAGCCAUUAAUCAUGUGUUUUGUUAGUGACCUGGACUCAUACAUUCUGUCAUACUGUAUUAGGUCUGGUUUUAACUCACCUGAGUUGAUUUAAGUAAAAUGACACAUUUUAUUUGAUUUUGAAUGGUCUCCAUAAGUAGGAAUUCUAAUUAAAUGUCACUGGCUCAUCUGUGACUCUUUAGGGUUUGCCUUCAUCAAAGCUGUUAUUUCCCAACAGUAGCAGCUCAUAAACUAUGCUUUUUUUAUUAUCUUGUUACAACCCUCUAUUUGGCUCAAGCUGGGAAAAAAGUGGCUAAAUUUAGCCACUUUUAUUGUGUUGAAGCAGUGAAUUCAGUGGACUGACUUGAGAAGAGGCUAUUUAGGCCUUCAGAGCUAGAGAGACGUUUAUGUGAAUUUUGUAAAAUGAUUAUUAAUAGAUGAAUAAAGACUGUCAAAUUGUCAGUGCCUCCAUAAUUUCACUGUUUUCAAAGACUAACAAAUGUAUUUUUUUCUGAAAAACCACUAGUGUCCACCCCAGAUAACAAAACAGACAUGUAAACUAGAAAUCAUGGUUGGUUAGUAAUCAGUGUUAUAUAAUGUACAUACAGGUGCAAUGGACAACUUUUGAAAAUGAACAUUUGUAAUUGCAAAUAGUCCUGUACCAUUUCCAUUGUAGUCUCUGCUCUAAUUUAUUUUAACCUAGACUGUACAGUCUAACUUAUUUGUAGAUUAUGCAGAGUAUCCAGCCUCUAUUGCAAGACUUGUGAAAAGUGUGUAACUUUAAUUCUAGAUGUAACAUGCCUGAUGAAUAUUGAAUAAUAUAUCAAAUUUUACUAUG